AUGUCAAUAAACUUAAUACUUGAAGAAAUUAAGAACGAACCAAAAAGUAUAAUACCAAUUUUAACUACAUUAAAUAAUGAUAGAGAUAUAUUAUCAAAUAUAUCAAAAUCAAAUUUACAGCACUUAGUUUCUCGUGUGAAUAAUCUAAUUAAAUCUCCAAAUGCGUAUAUUAAAUGGUGUGGGAUCAAUAUUGUCAAGGUUAUAGUGAAAGAUUUCAAUAUCUUAGCAAGUUAUGGAACAUUGUUUUUAACUAAUUUAAUUUCCGUAUUAGAGAAUUAUAAUCGAACCAUAAAUGUGAAAAUAUUGACUAAUUGUAUACAAGUUGUAAAUUUUAUAAUGGAUCAAAUUAGAGGUAAACCAACAUUGACUAGAAAUAUUCUAACACCUAAAUUAGCAUCAAUAAUUAAUCAUUAUUUACAGUUUAUACAAUAUGAACCGAGUUUAGUUAUCAAAUCUUUAAAGAAGUUAAUUAAACAUCAUUCAACUACAUUUAGACCCUUCGGUAAUAAAUUUCAAAAUAAAUUAAUUAGUAUAAUUAAUGAACCAAAUUUUGUAAAUUAUUCAGAUGCUUUGAAAGUUGAAAUAUUUAAUAUAUUAGCUUUAUUACCAGUAAUUGAGAAAAAUGAACCUGAAAAUAAAUGGAAUUCAAAUUUGAAAAAUGUAAUUGGUGAAAUUAUUGAAAUUGUGGAAGUUUAUCAGGAGUUUUUAAAUUUUAGAGAUGAUCAAGAUUUGAUAAACUUGAUUAAGAAGAUGCCAAAAGCAGACACUAAAAUACUACAAGAUUUAUCUAUUGAUUUCAAUGAGCCGGAUUCAAUUUUUCAGUUAUCAAACAAUUUAAAUAUAUUAUUAACUUUAUUGAGUAGUCAAGUUACAAUGGAAACAUCAUAUACAGUUAGUGUUCCAAUUGGUUUGAUAGUAACUCUUUGUGAAAUAAUCUGUACUAUUAAUUUGAAAUUUUUAUCAUUUAAAUCUGAUAUCAGAGAUGAUGAGAUCAAAUCAAUAAUUAAAUUAACAUUGAUUGAAAAUUAUAAAAGUGUGCUCAAUUUAUUAGAUAAGUUAUUAUUAUAUCAAGGUCAUUUAUUACCUCAUUUCAAUUCAAUCUUAUCAUUUUUAGAGAUAUUGAUUCCAAUGAAGAGUAAUAAAUUGGAUGUUAAUGAAAUUCUAUCCUUUGAGUCAUUAUAUGUUGGUUUACUACAAACCAUCAUGCAAUAUCUUCAUCUUAUUGGAAUUUACUCUGACAAUUCGAUAAUUUUAAAAUUUGUUGAUGUUGCUUUAUUAUUAGUUGAACCAAGAAUAAAGAAGGAAGAAGAUGCCAAACCUCAACAAUCAUCCCAAAAAGCAAAAAAGAAAAAGAAUACAAGUUCAGUUACAUUAUCUGACAUUUUAUCACAUCAACAUUUAUUUAAACAAUCUAUUCCAAAGACAACCUUAUCAAUAGUUAGAUCAUUCAUUAAUCAAAUAAUUUUAAAAUUUGAAUUACCACCAACUCAACAUUAUAAAAUUAUGAGAUAUUUAAUUACUGAAGCAAUUCACUCACAAUACUACAAUUUAGAACAUAAUGUACCUAAUGAAUUGAAACAAUUGUUACUUAAUGCUGUUUUAUAUCCUGGUUAUGAAAAAAAUAGUAUAUUACCUAUUAUUUCUACCAUUUUGAAAGAUGAUAAUUUAUUAAGUGUUUUUAAUAAUCCUAGAUUUCCACCGUUACCUAAACUUAUAAAUUUAUCAACUGAUAAUGUUCAACAGAGUGAAGAUAAAGAAGAAGAAAAAAUGAAAAUACAAACUAUGAAUGAAAAUCCAAUGAAGAAAAGAAAAUUGGAAACUGAAAUAAAACCACUAGAAGAACCUACUGCCAUAGAAGUUGAAGAUGAUGAAGAAGAAGAAGAAGAAGAAGAUAAUUCAGCUCAAAUAUUUUCCAAGACUAUUCAAAUUGAACAAUUAGAAACUGUUGAACUGCCGAAACAACUUGAAGUUGUUGAAGAAACAAAACAAAUAUAUCCAAAUUCUACAACAAUUGUUAAAACUAGUGUUGCUACUAAAGAAGAACUGGAUGAUGAUUCUGGUUCAGACUUUGAAAUGCCAGAAAUUAAUGUAGAUUCAGAUGAUGAUGAUGAUGAAGACCAAUAA